UCUAUGUUAGAAACUGAUCGUGGAGCAGCUAUCAUUGCUGUUGCCCCACGUUGCAAGAAUAAAAGCCGACCACAGGUCAGCUGUCAGUCAAAACACCAGCACUGAGGAGGACUAGCACCGGCGACCAGCCGCGAGACUAAAGAUGAAGGACACGUCAGUGGGUGAGCAGCCAUGGAGCUGUCUCACCUCACUCUUCCCUUCCUCCUCUUCCUUUCUCCUCUCCCCUGCACCUCUCUGUCACCAACCUCCACCCAUGGAGCUGUCCUCCCCCACGGCCCCCUGCCGGCUGUGGCGGCAGCAGGUCCCAUCCUGCAGGACCGGCCCUUUGUUGUGGUGUGGAACAUGCCUACAGCACGGUGUCACAAACUCUACAACAUCGCUCUGGACCUGGGCCACUUCGAUAUCGUGGAGAACCGACAGCAGCGCUUCCAGGGACAGAAAAUGAGCAUCUUCUACCGUGACCGCUUGGGGAAAUAUCCAUAUCUCUCCCAAGACGGCAGCAAGGUAAACGGAGGGAUACCGCAGCUCGGCGACCUCUCGGCUCACCUUUCCCUUGCGGUGACGCAGAUGUCCGGCUCACUGCAGCCAAACUUCACCGGUUUAGCCGUUAUCGACUGGGAAGAGUGGCAUCCAUUGUGGGAGAGAAACUUUGGAACCAAGGUGGAGUACCAAAGGCAGUCCAAGCUGCUGGUGAGACAAGAGAGACCGGAUUUGUCAGAGUGGGCCGUGACGUCGUUGGCAAGGCAAAAGUUUGAGGAGAGCGCUCGAAAGUUCAUGGAGAAGACGCUGCGGUCGGCGCUCAGAGAUCGUCCCAAGGGACUCUGGGGGUUUUACGGAUUUCCUGCCUGCUUUAAUAAGCAGAAGAGAAAGACAGAUCAAAUCUACACAGGGCGCUGCCACAGCGAGACCAAAAAGCAAAAUGACCGGCUGUCCUGGCUCUGGCGUCAAUCCACUGCUCUCUAUCCCAGCGUCUACCUGCCACAAAGGCUGGCAGGAUCCACGGAUGCAGCUCUGAUGGUCAGACACAGACUGCUGGAGACUUUGAGGGUGGCGUCUGUUUGGCACCAUGGCAACAACACCAAUCAUGCUACUCCAGUUCUUCCCUACGCCAGGCUAGCAUUCACACACACUCUCACUUUUCUUAAUAAGGUGGGAUUUGUUGCAACUCGUAAAAACAUACACACUCAUGCAAACACGUACCAAUUGUUUGUGUGUGUGUGUGUGCGUGUGUGUGAGAGAGAGUUUAGCGGGGACUCAGGUGGCAUGAUGUGGGCUCGUUUGCUGGUUGGUGUCGGGGGUUCGGGGCUCGGGCUGCGGGCUUCCAGGGACGGUUUUCUGCGGGUCGUUGGAGCUGGAUGUGCAGGGAAGAGACAGGCUUCAAGUGCAGAUGCUGACUUGAAGAAGACUCCGCUGUUUGACUUCCACAGGGAGCAGGGGGGAAAGAUGGUGGGGUUUGCAGGCUGGAGUAUGCCUGUCCAGUACAAAGACAGUCACAUCGUCUCACACAUGCACACCAGAGAGCACUGCUCCAUCUUCGAUGUCAGCCACAUGCUGCAGACCAAAGUACACGGCAAAGACAGGGUGAAGUUCAUGGAGUCUCUGGUAGUCGCAGAUAUUGCAGAACUCAAGGACAACCAGGGUACAUUGUCCCUCUUCACCACUGAGAAAGGAGGGAUUAUUGAUGACCUCAUUGUGACAAAGACAGACCAGGGCUACCUCUACGUAGUCUCCAACGCUGGCUGCGCCGACAAGGACUCGGCUCACAUGAAGGCCAGACUGGCAGAGUUCAAAGCUGCAGGUUUUGAUGUGGAUCUGGAGUUUCUUGAUGAAGCGCUGAUUGCUCUGCAAGGUCCAUCCAUGUCUCAGGUGCUCCAGGAGGGGCUGAAAGAGGACCUCAGUAAGCUGACAUUUAUGACCUCCACCUUGGCCACUGUGUUUGGUAUUCCUGGCUGCAGGGUCACUCGCUGUGGAUACACUGGAGAGGACGGUGUGGAGGUCUCCGUCCCUCAGUCCAGUGUGGUGGAGCUGACGGAGAAGCUGCUGGCUAACGGCGAAGUGAAGCUGGCCGGUCUGGGUGCCAGGGACAGUCUGCGGCUGGAGGCGGGGCUUUGUCUCUAUGGCAAUGACAUAGAUGAGACCACCACGCCUGUGGAGGGCACCCUAGUCUGGACCAUAGGAAAGCGUCGGCGUCAGGCCAAGGAUUUCCCUGGCGCUGACAUCAUUGUACCUCAGAUCAAAGCCAAGACAGCCAGGAAAAGAGUCGGUCUGGUGUCUACCGGCCCCCCUGUCAGACAACACACACCCAUACUCGGCCCUGAUGGGAAGGUCAUAGGUGAGGUGACCAGCGGCUGCCCCUCUCCCUGCCUAAAAAAGAACAUUGCCAUGGGUUACGUGGAUGCGACAUUCGCUAAGCACGGAACAGCCAUCCAGGUUGAGGUCAGGAAAAAAGCAGUGCCCGCCACCGUCAGCAAAAUGCCCUUCGUCCCCACCAACUACUAUUUUGGAUAGGAGACACACACACACACACACACACACACACACACACACACACACACACACACACACAUAUGCAUACAUACACAGUACACUCACACUGGAUCAUUCCAGGACACCAUGGUCCCAUAUUCACCAAUGCUUCCCCCUUCUGUUUACCUCCAACAAUGCAAUUCUUCAUUGGUGAGUCCUCUGAGAGAAAAGUAUCACCAAAAUGGUAACUAUUAUACAAUACAGUAUGUGUACUGGAAAUACAUUACAAGCAGUAUUGUUGAAUCCAAGAUAUUAUGUAUGACAAUAUGGGCCUUGAUUCUCUGGUAACAUGGUUCGUAGACCAAGUUCUGUCUUUUCUUUUUCUAUUUUAUAAGUGCACAGCGGGUUAAAUGGAAUCUACUUACUGCUCUUUCGGUAAGAACAGAAACAGUGAGGCAGUGUGGAUCUAUUAAACACAAGGAUUAAAUUAACUUUUUGUUGUAGAAUAUUUUUGUGGUAGGUUUUGCUAAUGAAACAUGACGUAAUUUACUCUGUCACUGCUGGACCAAAACAAAGAUACCAAAUGGUUCUUUUGAUGUUAAAACACUACAUGUCUGCAUUUUUUUCUCAAGGUCUUUCAAAUACCACAGAACCACAUUUCUAAUCAUAUUAUUGUUGGUAAACAGCUUGAUCAAUGGAGGUUAAACAGGGCCAACUAUAAUAUAAUAAAUAUAAUAAGGCUGAUAAGAGAAAUUUACACUACAUGUGGUACAAUGAUAAUCUAACUUGAAAAUAUGUUAAUUGUCAUUAUGUUUGUUCUGUCUGGCAACUAAUGAAAUGUGAUUUCAUUGUCUUUGGACUUUCUGUGGAGCUCUGAAUGUAUUAUCUGGUGAAAAUAAUAACAUACUUAAUAUAGAAAUAAUACUAAUGAUUCAUAGGUUGUCUGUUUUUGCCAUCACUGUCUUGAAGGUGCACUUUUAGCAUCACUGUGGAUUUUAAUAUUUCACUGAAUUUGUAUGUAAACAUUUUGAAUAACAUUGUUUAUUUAAUUAGAAAAUAUCUUCUUUUUAUUAAAGACAAUUUCAUUUUCAUUUCCCCAUGA